UCAUCACUCAAAGCUGUUAAACAAUUCCUGUUUGGCAGCCAAAUGCAACCCCCAGCACCAAGCGAGAUUCCAACCCCUUAGGAAUGCUGAGAAACUCUGUAUAAGCUCCAGGCCCUGAGUUCAUCCAGACACAUCUUUCGGCUUAUUCGCCUUGCUGAGCUUAAUGUCUUGCUAUGACCUGUGCCCACCGAAAACCGGCGUCGCCGUCCCCCAGCCCGUCGCUGAGAGCUGCAACGAGCUGUGCGCCCGGCAGUGCCCCGACUCGACGGCCUUCAUCCAGCCGCCCCCCGUCGUCGUCACCUUCCCCGGCCCCAUCCUCAGCUCCUUCCCCCAGCAAGCCGUGGUGGGCUCCUCCGGAGCACCCGCCUUUGGGGGCAACCUGGGGCUGGGAGGCCUCUACGGCGCCGGCGCCACCCUGGGCUCGGGGGGCCUCUGCACCUUUGGCAGACCCUACGCUUCUCCCGCCUGCAGCCCUUGUGCCUUGCCCCGCUACAGCAAGAAGCUGUGGGACACCUGUGGGCCCUGCUAGACCCAGCUCAGCCCCAGGCGCUGCCCCCAGCCCAAACGCCAACACCACCACCCAAGCAGGGCUGAGCUGGCGGGCACAGGGCACUGAGGAGAGCUGAGCAUCGCCAGCCCCAGCCAGCGCCUGGGCAGCCAGCAGUGCCACCCACCCUCAGUCCUUCCCUGCCCUCUCCUCCUGCCCUCUGCUCUCCUCCCCUCCCGUCUCGUCCCAGCUGUCGCAUGGGGCAGGAGGUGGACCCGAAAGGCCCUGCGAGGCUGACGGGCCAAGUCCUCGGGAUCUGGGAUGCCGCGCCAAGGGGGCAUCUGGAGCGAGAAGCGAUGCCCUGGAGAAGAUCCCUCUGCUUCCCCCAACACGUGGCAACCGGCCUCUCUGGGUCUUGCCCACCGUCUCUCUGACAGUCUCUCCUGCUCCUCUGGGCACAAUAAAGGUUUCCUGCAUUC